UCCCUCAAAAUCUCGAGCUGGGCCAAGGAGAUGGGCGCCCCGCUGCGGGGAAUGUCUGGCCCGAGCACCCUGCUGGGGGAGAGGCCUGUGACUCCACCUCACGAGGUGGCCAAAGUCUCCUCGGGCACCGGCGGGUCGCCGUUGGGCUUAUCACGAAAGCGGAGGCGGACGUGGACAACAAAGCAGCCCCCAGCCCGGCUGCAGUUUCCCGAGACUUCCAGGCCUGGGGAGCGUGGAGGCCCGAGACCCUCUGAGACUCCUCCGGUUUCGGGUGCUAUUUGCGAGGGGAGCAGUGGGGACCCUCUCCUUUCCGUAGCUUGUUAUUUCAGGAUUCUGCCCCUCUUCCAGAGGCAGUCAUAAUGAUGAAUCUGAAGCGGGUUUGCCGAAGGAGCGGACGCGUCUCCUUUCCAGGGCCACCUAGUUCACAGGAGUCCCAUUUCCCGCCCUCCUUCACGCUCCACGAUCCCACCCAAGAGCUGCAGCUGCGCCCUGCAGGCCGCGGAGACCCGCUGGGACCAGUUUCGUGGGGAGGGAGGUGGUCCCGCCUGUCUCGCUGCGCAGUGGUGGCUGAACCGGCGGCGGCGGAGGAGGCGGGAGCCCGUUGUCCCGAGGGCCUGUGGCCUCUGCCCCCACAGGUGUCACCAAGAGUGACCUACACACGGAUGCGGCCACAGCAGUCUGAGGACGUCAGCUUCCUCUACCACCCCUGUGCCCACCCCUGGCUGAAGCUCCAGCUUGCUCUUCUGGCCCACACUUGUGUGGCCCAGCCCUCACUGGCCCCUGACUCCAGCCUCACCCAGGAUCGGCCCCUCGUACUGGCAGCAUGGGGCUUAGCGCUGGAGAUGGCGAGGGUGGAGCCGGCCCGGGCUGCCCACUGGCUGAAGAGGAGGCAGCGGCAGAAGCAGAGGAGAGAGAAAGCUGGGUUCCGUUCUGACACUGUUCCUGGGCCCCCUUCCUUGGUGCCCAUGCUGGGCAGAGGGAGGCUGUGCAGUCAGCAAGGGUGUGUGCAGGCCCCGGCUUUGGCCUUUACUCUGCGGAGCUGGCAGCCACCCGGCGUGGAGGUGGCAUCUAGUGGACAUGGGCAGCUCUUUCUUAGUGGUGCCAGGAGACGUGGGCUGCGGGCUGCCCUUGGUCUCCAGCCCACACCCUCAGCCCCGAGGUUCCCCUCUGUUUCCCCAGGGAGCUUGGAGGCCAAACAGCCCAUGUUGGGAUCUCAGGGUGAAGGCAAUAAUGCCGGGUCUGUGUCCACUGGCCCACUGCUGCCUGGGGGACCAGGAAGCAAUGUCAGCUCCAGGCUGGAGGUUCAGCUGUCCAAAGGGCAGAACAGUCCUGGGGGCUGUGCCUGUCCGGGUCAGGCUUCCCCGGCCCCUCGGGCGGCAGGGCCACCGAGGGCCGCCCGCGGCCCUACCCCGCGCACAGAGGAGGCCGCCUGGGCGGCCAUGGCCCUGACUUUCCUGUUGGUGCUGCUCACGCUGGCCACGCUCUGCACUCGGCUGCACCGAAACUUCCGACGCGGGGAGAGCAUCUACUGGGAGCCCACGGUGGACAGCCGGGACACCGUGGCUGCUGUGCUGAAGCGGAGGCUGCUCAUGCCCCCUCGCCGGGUCAAGCGCUCCCGCCGGAGACCCCUCCUCCCGCCCACGCCGGACAGCGGCCCGGACGGGGACAGCUCCGAGUGACCUGCACCAGCCCUGCCGCUGUGGCAGGUUCGGCUCCUCCCCCCGCCGGAGGCCGCAACCUCCGCCACGUGGCCCGCGCGCGGGGCGGCCCCCUGGCGGCCGGAGGGAGCAGUCACGCCCGAGCGCGGCAGAUGGGCUGAUCCUUAGUGUGUGGUUUGCUGGGAGGAAUGGGGUUGGGGAGAGGGAGGAGAGAGAAAGGAGCAGUUUCAAACUUCCGUUGCAAAAACUCCGUUUUUAUUAAAUUAUUUUAGUAGAG